AAACGAAAACUUGAGGAUGAAAACCGUGCAUUUCAAGCUGAGUGGGAGGGAGAUUUUUUUUUUUACAAAAGGCCCUGACUAAACUGUACAAUUUGUGCCUGCGGCCCUAAGGGAAAUUUGAUAUGAACUAUUUGGCUCUCUCAGAAAUCCUAGUGAGGACCCCUGCAUUACAGUUUUGUUAUAGUAUUUAUCAAGUUUCAAUAAUUUGAUUGUGCUGCGGCAGCCGUAUUUGAACAGUAAAACGUGCAAGGAAUACUGUUUAUUCGACGUGUUCGCGUUGGCACACUGGUCAGACAGGCUGAUUCAUUGAUUACACUUCAUCGCUGGUUCACUUUCUUGGUUUUCAAUCUAUCAUUCAACCGCACGACUGAACGCUUCUCGAGAUGGCCAUCGGUGAUUAUCCCGCUAAAUACAACCCUAAAGUGCACGGGCCCUACGAUCCGGCCCGUUUCUACGGAACGCCGGAUACGCCAUUCUCGCAAGUGAAACUCGGCGAGAUGACUCAAUGGAUUGGACGUCGUAAUAAGUCACCAUCAGCAUUUGCUGGAUUAUUUUCUCGUGCUUACUGGCGAUGGUCCCACACAUAUGUCCAACCAAAACGUGCUACGGUUGCUCCACUAAUCCACAUUAUUACUGGAUCGAUGUUGUUUUUCUACACUAUUAACUAUGGAAAAAUAAUCCGUGGGCGUAAUUACAAACAUCACUAAUAGUCGACUAAUAAUCGAACUACUGUGUUUAUAUAAUAAGUUAAAAUAAUUUCACAACCGCAUGUGUUAUAAAAAUAUUAAAAAUAUUUGUAUACGCA